AAAAAUUAAACUUUGAAGGGUAAGGGUGUAUUAGUGUUAUUUUAAAAAUAACAAAAUUUAAAUAUUAUGAUUAUUGAGAAUAAAUGCUAUUUUAAAUCAUCUUGACUUUAUGUGAUUUAUCUGAUGAAUGUUGAUUAUAAAUGGAAAAUAUCUACUGUCUGUGUGAGUUGGCAAACUUGGAACUAAAAGUAUAAUUGUAAAAUAAAAAAUGUCGAUAAGUGCUGUUCUACUACCUUCUAAUUUCCUCUGUUAAUUCAUUUCUGCAAAUUACGAAUAAUUUGUUUUCUAUUGUGCUACAUUACCUAAAUUUAGUGAAAUAGAACUAGCCUCUAUUACUCUUACUACUCGUUUAAUAUAUGAUUCAACGAGAUUCCGAAAUGAACAACGGGUUUAGUACAGAAGAAGAUUCUAGAAGUAAUUCUGAUCAAACUUGUUGUCUCCUGGACGAUAGCAAUAGAUGUCGACGAAUUGCGGGCAAUGCAGCGUAUAGCAAGCGAAUACAGAGAACUGUUGCACAAAAGAAGCUAAGAUUGAACAUUGAUCUACAGGCGAGGCACACAUAUAUCUGUGAUUAUCACAAGGCAAUGAUUCAAUGUGCAAGAACAAAGCAAAGGAGGAGCAAUGAAUCAGAGGAUGACAGCAAUGAAGGAGAGCUUGACUCCCUUGAGGUGGACUGGUCGCAGCUACAGUUAGCCACACUCAGGAGAUACAACAAGCACUUCAAGUUACCCGGAUGUGCAAGGCCCGCUCUGAACAAAGCUCAACUAGUAGAAGCUAUUCAGAAACACUUUAAGUAUUUACCUGUAAAUGAAAAAGAGAUUGUGACUUACUUUAUUUACAUGGUUAAGACAAAUGGUAAUAAGUUGGACCACAAAAAUGGUAUAAAUGCAGCUCCAAUGUGAACUUCAAAUUUAUCCUUUAAAUGCUUAUUAUUCCUAUAUAUGUUUCUGUCUGCAUUUGUUACACAAAAUAUGUUUAUAAAUAUGUAUGUAUAAAUAAUAUUUACAGAGAUAUAUUUGUAAGAACAUUCAGAGAAAUAGUUUUGUUUGAAAUUAACUAGCUUUGUACUUUCAUACUGCUUGUAUCCAAAUUUAGCUCUGAACAUAACUCAUUUUUCUGAUGUGUGUUGCUUACUUGAAUAUUGUACUUAUGGCUUAAUAGUGAUUUUUAACACAAAAUUACUAAAACUCUUAGUUUCAGUAACUUAAAUACAGAAUAAUACAUCAAUUGUUGCUAUAUAUAAUCACUGUCCAUAUAGAGUUCAGGGAAUGUGCCAUUAGCAGCCCAUUAUUUACUGAAGGAGGUUGGAAAGCUCAAGAUGGAAAUAAUUAACAAACUGAGCCUGUUACUUAAACACUGUGGCUUUUUUAAUAGCACUGAAGUAGAUCCAGCAGCCCCAUGGACAUGUAAACAGUUUUGACAUUGUCAACCAUGUAAUAACAUGAACAUUAAUGCUUAUAUUAGUUAAAUUUGUUUGACAGAUAUUUGUUAUAUUCUAUAAAGUAGUAAUAGCUAAUUUUACUUAUUGAUAUAAUAAAAUAAUGUUUCAUAUUUAAGUGUUUGUUGUGUAUGUUAACAACAUUCACAUGAGAUAUGUUUUCAUAAAGAUGUGAAAUAGUUGUCAGUUAAUAAUACUUUACUUAUGGCAUACUAGUAACUGUGUAAACAUAAAAUAUAUUGCCCAUUAGAAUAACCUUGUAACAGAAGUUAUAACGAUUUGGAUAAAAUAGAAGUUCCGGUGCAACUUCCUAAAAUAAGUCUUCUCUAUAAUAAUAUAAUAUUAAAACUGUAAUUUGUUUGAUGCUGAAAUGAAAUAAAAUGCAAAUGAUUUUAAUAUCAACUUUUCCAAAAAUAUUUUAACUAUCUUUGUAGUAUUAAUCAUCUGUAGCAUAAUUAUAAUAUUAUAUACAUUCCCAAAACUAGAAAAAUUAUAAUAAUAUGUAUUAACUAUUUAAAAUAAAUAUACAAUAUACUCAAAUGAA